UUGAAAGCAGCUAAGGCCGGAGGCGGGGCUCUGGCGAGUUUCCCUUCCACCUUCCCCCACCCUCCUCUUCCAACCUCUGUUCGGCCCCUAGCUCGGUUCCAGCCGUUGCUGCAGCUGCUCCGCUGCCGUUUUCGGGACCCAAACAACCACAAGUCGCUGUUUCCAGGAUGGUGAUCCGUGUAUAUAUUGCAUCUUCCUCUGGCUCUACGGCGAUUAAGAAGAAACAGCAAGAUGUGCUUGGUUUCUUAGAAGCCAACAAAAUCGGAUUUGAAGAAAAAGAUAUUGCGGCCAAUGAAGAGAAUCGAAAGUGGAUGAGAGAAAAUGUACCAGAAAAUAGUCGACCAGCCACUGGAUAUCCUCUGCCACCUCAGAUUUUCAAUGAAAGCCAGUACCGUGGGGACUAUGAUGCCUUCUUUGAAGCCAGAGAAAAUAAUGCAGUGUAUGCCUUUUUAGGAUUGACAGCACCACCCGGUUCAAAGGAAGCAGAAGCGCAGGCAAAGCAGGAAGCAUGAACCUUAAGCAUUCUGCCUUAAGCAUCCUGAAAAAUGAGUCUCUACUGCUUUUAUACAACAGCAAAAUUAUCCUGGCUUCAAAAGAAAUAGGCUUAAUGUUGCAAUAAUAGAUUAGUUGGUGUUUUUGCAUGCAAACAAGCAAAGUGAAUACAUAAUUAAAAUGUGAACAUUAUGAUGGAGGAGAAAGGGAGAUGAACAUAAAUUUUUAAGUAAAUAUCAUGGAACUGUAUUGUUAUCUGCCAAGUCAAUUUUAUGUACUUCAGUGAUUUUAUAAAGAAAACAUCCUUCCCCCUUUUGGUGUUAUUAUUGCAGCUUAAGGGUAUCUGCAGCUCAACACCGAGAAAUUUUAAAAUGAGAGCAACAGACCCAAAGUAUCUGUCUCUUGUUCCCAAAUUACCUCAUUAAUUUUAGUGAACAAGAAUAUGUACCUUUUUAAUGUGCUGAUAUUGUGAUUACAAAGUAUUUACAGGUAAUGUUCAUGGUAUGUUAAACACUGCAGUUUCCUGCAAUGUGAUUAUAACACUCCCAAUAACACUCCCAUUCUUUUGUAGAUGAACCUUCUGACAUACUGAACCAUACAUUUUCCAGGCUUCUAAAUGUUGCCUUUCAUUGCACACUUCAGUGAUUUAAAGUAGAUGACUUCUCACAGAAAAAGCAAUGGAUGCAUUUAGUUGACAAGUUCCCUGUUUAACUACACAGCUAUGAUGGAGUCAUGUUUCUAAAUUGAUUGUCUCAGUGAAAUAUGCAUAUGUAUAUCAUGGAAGUGGGAUGACAAGUAAGUUUAAAAUGGCAUCCUCUUGCAAAGAGCUCAGACUUUUACUUAAGCAUUAAAAAUAAAUUGGAGCUCAUUACCCAUGACUGGCUUUUCUUGUUUUUUUUUUUUUUUUUUUUUUUUUCUGCUGAAAAACAUCUUAGUGGUUUUCCUCAUUUAAUACAACUUAUAAUCAUGAAUGCCACUAUUUCUCAGUUAUCUGACCUUUUUGUCUGUGUUUAGGCAUAUGGUGUGUGAGUACAUUAAUCUAAGCAGAGAGAAUCACAAGAUUUUAAUUUAGAAGACUUUUUAAAAGACACAAGAAUCAUGGCCUGUAUCACUUAUCCAGAAGAUACACAUAUUGUGCUUUAAUUCUGUACUAUUUAGUACUAAAAGCAAACACCAUUUAAACUAUUUUAUCAUAUCUGUUGUAUGCAAGUCUGUACUCUUUGCAAAAAUCAACAUGUAAUGAAGAAAUGGCUUUGUUUACUGAAAUUCUAACUUGAUGCUAUGCUUUAAAAUAAACUCAGUACUUUUAGAAACAUAA